UCUCUCUGGUUUAAGCAGGAGGAAAAACAGCCGUCUCUGCUGCUUCAUCUUGCAGUAACCUGCUUUUUUUUUAGGCCAUUUGGCUCUUAGGAGGUAACUUACAAAGGGUGGACGAGGGGCUGGCACUGACAAGGACGUGCAAGAAUGGAGCCAUGGCUGAGAAAGAGCUCUACUUUGAGCGUAACAACAUUACUUAAAUUCCUUCUGACUCUGUGUGCUACAAGAAGACCAUUAUCACAGCACUUUUUGGCCAAUCUCCACAUUGUGAACAAAGCUUCUGAGGAGUUGGGAGGGACACAGAAGUAAAAAGAGUGUAUACAUUAUAAAAGCACAUCCAGCCCUGAUAUGAAGCAGUGAACAUCUGACACUAAGUGAAAUAUGGAACAAACUGCCUGUGGGUCCCUUUUCUGUACUAAUGGCGCAAAGGAUGUUGAAUGAAGGUGGGCAAGAUGGCCGAUCAGUCCUGGGAAUGUUGGAGGUGCAGGUAGAGCGGGACCCCAAGACAGGUGCCACCAUUGUUAGGUCAGUGGCUCCUGUGUCCACACCAGCUGGUGCUCCAAAGGCUACUGCCAUCUUUGACGAUGGCAGGAGGAGCAUCCACACUAUCAGUGGGUCAGCAGAUCAACCCUCGUCUAAAGAGCUCGGGCAGAUCUUGAGUGUCAUCGAUGGGGUCGGGAUGAAAGUGCUGCUGAAUGAAGUCACAGUCACACCAACCAAGACAGAGACAGAGACAGUAGAAGCUAGCAAAGGCUCAGAGAAAAAAGGCCUGUCGCUUUAUACCCAUCCCAGCACAUCAAAGGAAGACUACAGGCCAUUCAGCGGCUCUAGAAGCGACAACUUAGAAGUUGAGCUGAGCAGUGAGAAGUGUGUUGUAAGUGUGGGAAACACAGAUGAUAAAAACACAAUGGCAGUGAGAGACACUUUGGAAAAAGUAGAUAUUGUGGAGAAUCAGGUGUUGGAGGAAAGUCCUGUUACACUUGUGUUCUUGGGAUACGCUGAUGCUACAACAGACCAGAGUCAGAGCCAAGAGGAGCAGGAAGGCAUGAUCAUUGUGGAACGAGUGAUAAUCACGGAGGAUGGUGAAGAGCAUGUCUUAGGACCUGAAAUGCCUCCUCUACUUUAUUCACCAUUAGACCAGGUAGCAGAGCAAGGCACCGGGAAAGAGUCCAAAGAUGAAGCAGUUCAGGAUAUUCCCUCGGGUGGAAACGGAGCUGGAAUCAAUGUGCAGGCAGAGGAAGGUGAUAAAGAGUCACAUAAUGCAUCUCCACCAGGCAUAACAGAGGGAAAAGGCAGUUCUAAGCACAGGAGCUGCCGGUGUUGCUCUGUCAUGUAAGAAAUGGUUGAUGAAAGAUUCCCUGUGUACCAUGUAUACACUGCUUCCUUUAUAUGUUGCUUUAUAUGAGUGGGUUUAAUAGCAUACUACACCAUCACCCACCAUUUCACCUCCCCUUGAUAAUAAAAGUGGCAUUUAUAUAUUUGUGCACCUUCUACAAAGCUGAGAACUAAAGUCCACUUCCACCCCCUACUGGACAGAAAUAAGAACUUCAAGCAAGCAAGCUUAUCCAAGAGAAAAAUUCCACACUAAAUGUUUAGCCAAGGCUCCUGUAGAAAUGGGGGAAAAAAUUACGCCAUCCUUUAGCAUGCACAUCUUAAUGCUUGUGGUGUCCCUCACUGUUUCUGGUAUGAAAAAUACCCUGCAACUGAGA